UUCUGUGUCCGUCUUCCCCACCAAGCAAAUCCACACUCACCAACCGCUCUCACUCUCUGUCUCUGUCCCCCACACCCCCCAACUCCGGAGUACCUUCUCUUCCCACUUCUCUCUUAAUUGCCUCACUCAUUACUCAUUAAUCAGCAUGGAAUCCACAGGCAAGCACCAAAGCGGCUCCUUGGAGAGUCUCUGCGCCAGUAUUCAUGAUCCCCUCAACUGGGGAGUGGUUGCCGAGUCACUCAAGGGCAGUCACCUGGAAGAGGUGAAGCGCAUGGUAGCAGAGUACAGGAAGCCCGUCGUCCGGCUCGGCGGCGAGAACUUGACUAUUGCGCAGGUGGCGGCCAUAGCCACCAGAAAGUCGGCGGUGAGGGUGGAGCUCUCGGAGUCGGCAAGGGCGGGCGUGAAGGCGAGCAGCGACUGGGUCAUGGACAGCAUGAAUGCCGGAACGGACAGUUAUGGUAUCACCACAGGUUUUGGUGCUACUUCACACAGGCGAACCAAACAAGGUGCUGCUCUGCAGAAGGAGUUAAUUAGAUUUUUGAAUGCUGGGAUAUUUGGAGAAGAAACGGACGCAUGCCACACAUUGCCUCACUCAGCAACAAGAGCUGCUAUGCUAGUGAGGAUCAACACCCUUCUCCAAGGAUACUCUGGCAUUAGAUUUGAAAUCAUGGAGGCCAUUGCCAAGCUCCUUAACCAUAACAUCACCCCCAGCUUGCCAUUGCGCGGUUCAAUUAGUGCUUCAGGUGAUCUUGUCCCUCUUGCCUACAUUGCUGGAUUGCUCAUCGGCCGUCCCAAUGCCAAAGCCGUUGGACCCUCCGGUGAAUCCCUUGACGCCACAGAAGCCUUUCACCUCGCUGGUAUCGAAUCUGAGUUUUUUGAGUUGCAACCUAAAGAAGGCCUUGCUCUUGUUAAUGGCACGGCUGUUGGCUCUGGCUUUGCUUCUAUGGUUCUUUUUGAGGCAAACAUUCUAGCAGUUUUGUCAGAAAUCUUGUCAGCUAUUUUCGCAGAAGUAAUGCAGGGUAAGCCUGAGUUUACUGACCAUUUGACACACAAGUUGAAGCACCAUCCUGGCCAAAUUGAAGCUGCGGCCAUUAUGGAACACAUUUUGGACGGAAGUUCUUAUGUGAAAGAAGCCAAGAAGUUGCACGAGAUAGAUCCCUUGCAGAAGCCUAAGCAAGACCGUUAUGCACUAAGAACUUCGCCUCAAUGGCUUGGCCCACAGAUUGAAGUUAUCAGAUACUCAACCAAGUCAGUUGAAAGGGAGAUUAAUUCUGUCAAUGAUAACCCUUUGAUUGAUGUUUCAAGGAACAAGGCUUUGCAUGGUGGCAACUUUCAAGGGACACCAAUUGGUGUCUCAAUGGAUAACACCCGUUUGGCUAUUGCAGCAAUAGGAAAGCUCAUGUUUGCACAAUUGUCCGAGCUUGUCAAUGACUUUUACAACAAUGGGUUGCCAUCAAAUCUCUCUGCAGGUAGGAAUCCAAGCCUGGAUUAUGGUUUCAAGGGUGCUGAAAUUGCCAUGGCUUCCUACUGUUCCGAACUUCAAUUUAUGGCCAAUCCAGUCACUAGCCAUGUCCAAAGUGCCGAGCAGCACAACCAGGAUGUAAACUCUUUGGGAUUGAUUUCUUCGAGGAAAACAGCAGAAGCUGUUGAAAUCUUGAAGCUCAUGUCUUCCACAUUUCUAAUAGCACUUUGCCAAGCUAUUGAUCUGAGGCAUUUGGAGGAAAAUUUGAAGACCGCUGUCAAGAAUACUGUAAGCCAAGUGGCUAAAAAAAUUCUAACAACUGGUGCUAGUGGAGAACUUCACCCAUCCAGAUUCUGCGAGAAGGAUUUACUCAAAGUAGUUGAUCGGGAACAUGUUUUUGCCUAUAUUGAUGACCCAUGUAGUGCCACAUACCCAUUGAUGCAAAAAUUGAGGCAAGCACUCGUUGAUCAUGCACUGGCCAAUGGAGAUAAUGAGAAGAAUGAAAACACGUCUAUCUUCCAGAAGAUCGAGGUCUUUGAGGAAGAACUAAAGGCCAUCUUGCCAAAAGAGGUGGAGAGUGCAAGAGUUUCAGUUGAGAGUGGUAAACCUGCAAUUCCAAACCGGAUCAAGGAAUGCAGGUCUUAUCCAUUGUACAGGUUUGUUAGAAAGGAUUUGGGAACUAAAUUGCUGACCGGGGAAAGGGAAAGGUCUGCCGGCGAGGAUUUUGACGAAGUAUUUACAGCAAUGUGUCAGGGCAAGAUGAUUGAUCCAAUCUUGGAUUGCCUCAGGGACUGGACUGGUGCUCCUAUUCCAAUCAAUUAGUUCAUAUUUAUUAUGUUUGAACCUUAUGUCCUAAUCCAUUUGCUACAACCCUACUACUUUUCUACUACUUUUGUGUGCUACUUUUCUUACCCGUAUGAUAUAUAUUUCAUGAAAUAAAGUAACCUCUUUAGCAAAA